GGAACGUGCAGUUGAUGAUAAAUCAUGUGAUUCGAGCAAAAUGGAAGAUGGCGGCGCCCAUGUGGCCUAAAAUUCUCUUUAACAUAUGGAAUGGAAUUGUCGUUUGUGCUGCAGUCUUUCUCCUUGAUUGCUUCGAAAUGACGCAGGCUGUCAUCCAUGGAGAUGUCCUGACGCCCUACCCGCUUGGCUUUCACGGCUCGCCACAUAGUCGGCGCUACGUCCGUGACUGCCAGCCAGUCGCUUACGGCAACUCCACCAUCCAAUCCCACAAUUCCCAUGGUGUCGGCGCCGCGCACGUCACUCUUCCCAUCGCAACAACAAAACAGUUCAUGGACAGCUCUCUGUAUUUCCGAACCUCUUUCGGUCACCUGACCAUCGUGAACGAUCCUCUGAGGACGCUCUCCGUUCUAGAGCCGCUGGGAAUCGGCGGCUGCUCCCUGGGGCUCAGGGUACGAGUGACUCGGUCAGCAAAGCAGAAACGCUGCCUAGUUGCCAUGAAUGCUGGUUUCUUCAACACACACACCGGGGGCUGUUAUGGAAAUGUUGUGAGUGAUGGCCGACUGGUUGAGAAUGCUCAUGGUGUGCAGAAUGCCCAUUUCGGGAUCAGAGCAGAUGGCAGCCUAGUCUUUGGGUACCUAUCGGAGCUUGAUGUGCUAGACCAGGAGAAUCCAUUUGUGCAGCUGGUAGGGGGUGUAGGCUGGCUUCUGAGGGACGGGGAAAGCUACAUCGAGGAGAGCAAAAAAGUUGAAUGCAAGAACUCUGAGGAGACAGGUACGGUGGAGUCCUUUUUCAACGUUGUCGCUGCCAGAACGGCAAUCGGCAGUGACAGUGAAGGGCGCGUUAUCCUUGCACAUGUGGACGGCAAGUCCGAUUCGUUAGGAGUAUCUCUGGAAGAAUUCGCACAGCUCUUAAAGCGCAACGGAGUCAUGAAUGCCAUCAACUUGGACGGAGGAGGAUCCUCCACAUACGUUAUCAAUGGAACAGUCGUCAGCUAUGCAACAGAUGAGUGCGACGAUCGUGUUUAUCGCUGCCAGCGGGAAGUCUCGACGAUACUCUGCGUCCACGAGCCAGACUGCAACCCGCCCGACUGCAGUGGCCACGGCGAGUGUGUGAUGGGGGAGUGUCGUUGCCGUGGUUACUGGCAGAGCCCGCGAUGCGACCGCUUAGACUGUGGCCUGCGUAACUGCAGCGGUAACGGAGUGUGUACAGGGGCCGGUUGUCAGUGCAAUAUAGGCUACCAACCCCCGGACUGCAUCCAGCUGUGUGGGGCCGGUUCCCACGGUCGGGACUGCCGGUCAGUCUGCCGGUGCGAACACGGCGGGGACUGCCACCCCGUGACUGGGGAAUGCUCGUGUCUUCCGGGCUACACGGGCACGCGUUGCGAGGAGAUUUGUCCGUACGGAUACCACGGGCCCGAGUGCCGGGAGACGUGCAAGUGUGAAGAUGAAGUAUGCGCGUGUCAUCACAUAACUGGACUGUGUACAUUUGACAGUAACGAUGCAACCUACGGCGGCCUUUGGAAGGCUGGCCAGUGCCUUGCCAACCGUGCCCUCAACUCCCAAAACCUUGUCCCUUCCAAGACGUUCUUCCAAGACCCCUACGCAGUAGGGUUCGUCCUGGCCACCGCAAUCGCCCUGGCCAGUCUGAUGUGCAAUGUCGCCCUCUUGUGUUACCGCUGCACGUGUCGCGUGACGUCCCGUCCGUUGCCGCGGGUCUGCCCGACAGUCCGGUCCCGCAAGUAUGAGAUGAUACAACAGCAGGACCUGGACUUUGAAGAAACGGAGUCCAGCGUUUAAAGACGUACUGUCCUUGUGCUUUUUUUGUCCAGUUUCGGCACGAAAAAAAUAGAUCUUAUUUCAAAUUGCUAUUUUGCCAGCAAUACCAAAGCUCAAUAUUGGGUUUUGUCCUUCACCGAUGUAUUUUUAUUAACAUUGUAGACUCAGUGUUGUCCCAAGUGAUUGUGGGAAAAAAAUCACUCGGGUGGGACUUGAACCCACGACCUCCUGCCUACUAGCGCAGCUGUCUUUCCACUCGACUACCGAGCUUGCUGGGAUCGGGUGGCUGGUUCGAAUCUUAUAUAGCAGGGGGUACCGCAAUCAAAUUAUUUAUAGGAUGGAAUUGGGUCCGGGUGAUGUAAAUUCAAUAUGGGAUUUCUUCCUCACCGACAUAUUUUUAUAAACACUGUAUCAAAACACUCGAUAUUGACUUUUGAAUACAAAAAUCUAUGUACAUUAUGUAAUGGAAUUAUGAUUUAACAAAUUUCGAAACUUUACAUACUUCAAACAAUAACACAGACUGGUUCCCACCUCCCUGUCACAAUCGAUAAUGUAUGGAUUGGGGACAAGUCUGCUUCCAGAGCAGAUUUGGUUGUGGGCCGCCAUGGCAACCAAAACUAAGAGUCUUUAUUCAGAGAGUUGCAGACGCUAAAAACAUUUGAAAAUUCUUUUUUUUUAAAUACAUAUAAAUAUACUUUUAAAAUUCCUUUUGAAAAAAAAUGAAUUUUUUGAAGCGCAAGGACAGUAUAUCUUUAAUGAGAGCAACAGAGCAGCAACAAUAAAACAAAAUUCAAGCUGCAAAUAUUUUAAUUUUUAAGAUUUUUGGGAACAUUUUAUUUAAUUAAAUUCUAUUUAUAACUUGAUUAGAUCUAACAAGUAGUUCUAUUCGGUGCAAAUCAGAUUUAUAUAUUAUCUGUAUAAAUAUGGAUGUUGAGGUGUUUAUAUUUAGUGGAACCACAAUUUCGUGUGCUGAAAUACCUGUGAAAAUUCAAAAUUCAUGUUUUGUUUUUAAGAUGGAUUUUUUUUUUGAUAUGCUUGUGGACGUCUUCAAUUUGUUGCUCAGUUGAACACUUAUAGUACUUGAGUUUGAAUAUUUAAAGUAAAUUAAUUGAAUUUUUGAAGCAGUAUUUUUUAUGGAACUUCAGGGAAUUUGUGGUUUCGGCUUUCGAUUUGGUUUUCAAAUAUAUCAUUCUAUAUUAUACAACACUUGAAUGAAUCCCCGGCGUCUGAUUGGUUGUAGAUCACAUUUCAUUGAAUUAUUUGUCCCAUCCCAGGCCAACCCACGGCCCGACCGCACACCGAUAAUUGAAGUUCUAUUCCACGAUCACAGGAUUGGUGGAUCUGACCAAUCAGAUGACGAGGAUAUAUUCAAAAUAAUGAACGUUUCACAUUCCUGCAAAUGGAAAGAAUAAUUUCAUUGGGUCAUAGGAAUGGAACAUUCCACCUCGCGGAAUGGAACAUUCCAUGUCAGUUCAUGAAAUUAUUCUUACCAUUGCACUCAUAAACAUUAGUUAUUUGUACAUACACUUUUUUGAUGUUUGAAUCAAGGAUACUUUUGUUUCUUCCUUCGUAUAUUAUUCAUUCCAUUUUUACAUUAACUUACAGUUUUUGAAAUUUUUUUGUAGAAUUGGUAAUGUGCCAUUGAAAAAUAAUUCGCUUGCACCCACCGCCCAAACAGGGUGCGCUGGGAAGGGUGAUUUCUUAAUGAUGAAUAACGUAACUUAUUGGAGCUCUCAUUAGAUAGAAUUUGAUUGAACAAAAUAACAUGGUCAAGCUUUCCACCUACGCAUGACACGUGCCCACAGAAUGUACGGCAUUGGACAAGGUAGUUAGCUACCCACAAUGCUCUGAGCCCCCGUUCUUCCUUUACAGAAUAUGACGUGUCCUGUAUGAUUUUUUUGACACACUGCAUAUAUCCUUGUUUGAAAUUUCAAAUAUUAGCAAUUGUCUUAAGAAUUAUUCAACAUGAAUUUUUUUUUUAAAUAUUCUUUGACCAGGUUUUACAGGUCUUUGCUUUCCUUGAAAAAAAAAUUGUUUGCUCAAAUUUGAUAACUGUUGUCUUUUUACGCUAGAAUUUAUUAUUUAGUGACAAAAAAGUUAACAAUUUCCUAAAAUCUUCAAUGAUGAAUAUACACUAUGCACAUGCCAUUUUAAACAUUUUUUGGUCAACAUUUUGAGUGCAUCUCUUUCAAGAAUAAAAAAUUUGACUAUGACAA